AUGAAAGGAGUUAUUAAUGAGGGACUUCGACUUUCUGGCGGUGUUGGUCGAUUGGCCCGAAGUGCACCGGAUGAAGCAUUGCAAUAUAUGGAUUGGACAAUCCCCCCAGGGGUCAUUUUGAGCCAGUCCGCUUAUUUCAUUCACAUGAACUCGGACUUGUUCCCUGACCCACAUGUAUUUGAUCCCGAGCGUUGGGUCCGUGCCCAAGAAUCCGGGAAGCGUCUGGAACACAUCUUCGUCCCCUUCACAAAAGGAGCUAGGCAAUGCCUGGGUAUAAACUUUAGCAGAGCUCUACCUUGUGGUUUCCACACUUGUGCGUAA